UGAGAGAAAAAAAAAGGAAAAUUUUCACCCAAUCAAGAAAGGCUACUUGCAAAUACACAUAAUGCAAGAAUUAAAUAAGGAAAUGACAACACCACUGGAACGACCGGCUGGCAUCACUAAAAUCGCCUACAGACAAGCGAGCGUUAUGACGAGAUGUGAAAGUCCGACGAAAAGGAAAAUUAUCGCUGUCGCUAAGGAGGAGAGUAAAAAUUUUUUUCAACUUCCUAUUAUUGAAAGUAUAACAUCAACAUUUUGCAAUGCUUACACAACGAUGAAGCAAUCGAAUCAAACAAUUACCAAUAUACUUGACGGAACUGAGAAAAAUAUUGGCAAAGGAACCGAACUAAUAGGAAGUAGCAUUGAAAAACUGCCUUCUAUAGAUAUAUCCAAUGAAUUUAUUGAAAAUUUGAAAAAUAAUCUCAGACAAACAUAUUUUUCAACGAAGGAAUGGUGCGAGGAUAUUAUUAUGAAAAUUUCAAAUGCCUUCAAUCAAAUGACGAUAAAGAGUGACGAGAAAACUGAAAUCCAAAAAAUAGUUAAAUCCAAAAGUUAAAUAUAUUUAAUUCCGAUAAAUUUAAAAAUUUCUAUAUGUAUAGAAAGUAUUUCAAUGAACAAAAAAAAUGAUAUUUAUGAAACUGUAAAAAAUCUCGAAUAGGUAUUUAUAUAUUUUUUCGAAUUCUUUUAACGAUAAAAAAAAGAAAACGAAAUUUAAUUUUAAAUCAAUUUUCAAUAUUGAAUUCAAAUUCUCCGUAUUUAUGAACGGAAAAAUUUGUUUUUUUUAAUACUUGACGAAAUUUGAAUUGAAUUCAAAUUCUCGGUAGUUUUAAAC